UACACCCCCAUUGCUCUCAAAACUCCCAAAUCAACCUUCCAAAAUAGCGCCUUUUUUCUCCGCCGAUGUCCUCUCACUCGGCGGCCUCCGCCUCCGCCUUCACCGCCAAAACCAUUACCAUAGACUCCACCCAACUCUACCUCGCUGCGACAAACUCCUCCGAUUCCACCCUUUAUUUCCCCCCAAUCCCCUCCUCUUUCUAUCCCUCUAAACUCAUCCCUAACACCCGCUUCAUUAUCGACUCCUUCCGCCACAACACCACCACCACUUUCUCCGCCGCCUACUUCCUCUCCCACUUCCACUCUGACCACUACUCUGGUCUAUCCCCUUCCUGGUCCAAAGGCAUCAUCUUUUGUUCCCACCUCACUUCCCUCCUCCUCAUCCAAAUCCUUAAAAUACUUCCCCAUUUCAUCUUCCCGUUACCUCUAAACGACCCCGUUGCGAUAGACGGCUGUGAGGUCGUUCUCAUUGACGCUAAUCAUUGCCCUGGUGCUGUCCAGUUCUUAUUCAAAGUUCCCACAAAAAAUGGGAGCUUUGAAAGGUAUGUGCACACCGGCGAUUGUCGUUAUUGUAGCUCAAUGAAAUUGAAUAGUUAUUUGAAGGAAUUUUUUGGUUGCGAUGCUAUUUUUUUAGAUACAACUUAUUGUAAUCCAAAAUUCGUGUUUCCUUCUCAAGAAGAAUGUGUUGAUUACGUGGUUAGUGUGGUAGAUAUGAUAGGGAAGGAGUUUAAGGGAAAAAGGGUUUUGUUUCUUGUUGCCACUUAUGUUGUUGGAAAAGAGAAGAUAUUGGUUGAGGUUGCUCGGCGAUGUAAGAAGAAGAUAUUUGUUGAUGGGAGGAAAAUGGAGAUUUUGAAUGUUUUGGGGUAUGGGGAAGAUGAAGUUUUUACCGUAGAUGAGAGUGAGAGUGAUGUUCAUGUCGUUGGUUGGAAUGUAUUAGGCGAGACUUGGCCGUAUUUUCGGCCGAAUUUUGUGAAAAUGAAAGAUAUUAUGGUGGAAAAAGGGUAUGAGAAGGUUGUUGGUUUUGUGCCAACUGGGUGGACUUAUGAAAUCAAACGGAAUAAAUUUGCUGUGAGAUCAAAUGAUUCAGUCGAGAUACAUCUAGUCCCUUACAGUGAGCAUUCUAAUUAUGAUGAGCUUAGAGAAUAUGUUAAGUUUUUGAAACCCAAGAAGGUUAUUCCUACUGUUGGUAUGGACAUUGAGAAGCUUGACAGUGAGAAUGCUGAUAAAUUGAGAAAACACUUUGCUGGCCUGGUUGAUGAAAUGGCUAAUAAAAAGGAUUUCCUGAUGGGUUUUCAUUGUGGCAAUUAUGAAAGUGUAGAAAACAUUGAAAUUGAUGCUAGUCCAGUCUUGAAUGAGGAAAAGGACAUGGAGAGAAAGCAAAAUAUUUUGGAAAUGAGAAAUUUUAGGAGUAAUGAUGUAGAUGUUAUUUUGAAUGAUUCAUCUUCUGUGCACAAACCUGAUUUACAAGAUUCAGCAAUACAGGGUGAGGAGGAAAGAGAGAGAAUAGUUGAGGAAUUAGGAGACUCUCUGCCCAAAUGGGUUACCAGGGAUCAGAUAUUAAAUUUGAUUAGCAUCUCCAGAUGGAAUAUUGUUGAAGCAGUUUCUAAUUUUUAUGAACAUGAAAAUGAGUUAUAUGAACAAUUCUCUGCUUUUAGAACUUCUGAUUCUGCUUCUCAGGCCAGUUCAUCUAACAACUCUGUCUCACUUCUAAAUUCAGGGCCUUUUAGAAGUAGCACUGAUGAAAGUUUAAGCCUUCAUUUAAGUCAAGUCAUCAAGCCUUCUAGUUCUAAACUUUCAGUUCGGAGCAACAUAUCUCCUGUCAAAAGAAAGAAAAACACCGAAAACAGGUCAAAUAAGAAAGUCAAAAGUAACCCAAAAUUGAAAUCUAGCGAGUCAAAGCAACCUACGAUAACUAGCUUCUUUGGUAAAGUUUCGGUUGAUGCCUCUAAAGGUGGUAGGACUGGUCCGCAAAUUGAGGAAUGCCCCAAAGGUGAAAGUACUUUGUCUACUGACUUGACUAAAUCAUAUUUAGAGAAAAUCGACCAGUUUAUUCAGAUAAUAAAUGCCAAUGAAUCGUCAAGAGAUUAUGUGGUCACCUUACUUGAGAAGGCCCAAGGAGAUAUCAACAAGGCACUGGAUAUAUAUUACAGUAAUCCCGAUGUGAAGCUCGAUGAGAAUACAGAAAAUAUUAUAGUUUCCAAUAAAUCAGCUCAGGUCCCCUGCUGUACUAAUGAUUGUCCUGUAACUCCUGUUAGCAAGAACAAACAUGCACCAGAGGAAUCAAGAUGUAUUACCUAUUUAUCUUUGCAGGGACAACCAGUGGAAAAUGUUGACACAACUCUUGUAUCAUUGCCUCCUGAUAAAUAUAAACCUAUAGAGCAUGCAUGCUGGAGAUCUGGUCAGCUUGCUCCAUAUGUCCAUCUUGCACGGACUUUCGACCUUGUUGGCAGUCAAAAUGGAAAGAUUAAAGCUACUUCUAUGCUUUGCAAUAUGUUUAGGAGUUUGCUGGCCUUGUCCCCCGAGGAUGUGCUUCCUGCUGUGUAUCUGUGCACCCAUAAAAUUGCUGCUGACCAUGAAAAUAUUGAAUUGAAUAUUGGCGGAAGCUUGGUUACAUCCGCACUGGAAGAAGCUUGCGGGACUAACCGUUCGAAAAUAAGGGAUAUGUACAAUGACAUGGGUGAUCUUGGUGAUGUUGCACAAGCAUGCCGGAAAACCCAAACUCUGCUUGCUACUCCACCAUCACUACUAAUUAGGGACGUAUAUUCUGUGCUUAGGAAGAUAAGUGUACAAACGGGCAGUGGCAGUACCAUCCGGAAGAAAAACCUCAUUGUGAGUCUUAUACGUUCAUGUAGAGAGAAAGAGAUGAAGUUUCUGGUUAGAACUUUGGUCAGGAAUUUGCGAAUAGGAGCAAUGAUGAAGACGGUUCUUCCUGCAUUGGCUCAAGCAGUUGUCAUGAAUUCCUCUCUUAAUCUUUAUCAUGAAGGGACAGCUGAUAGUCUAAAAGAGAAGCUUCAGGGUAUUUCGGCAGCAGUAACUGAAGCAUAUAAUGUACUUCCAAAUUUGGAUUUACUUGUUCCUUCACUAAUGAAGGAAGGUAUUGCGUUUUCAUCAUCAACCUUGUCGAUGGUUCCGGGAAUACCUAUUAAGCCCAUGCUUGCAAAAAUUACCAAUGGGGUUCCAGAAGUACUGAAGUUUUUUCAAAACAAAGCUUUUACAUGUGAAUAUAAAUAUGAUGGUCAGCGUGUCCAAAUUCACAAAUUGGCUGAUGGAUCAAUGCGUGUCUUUUCACGAAAUGGAGAUGAAACAACAUUAAGAUUUCCGGAUUUAGUUAAUACAAUUAAGGAGUCUGCUAAGCCUGCUGUCCAAACUUUCGUAUUAGAUGCGGAGGUUGUUGCAAUUGAUAGGAAGAAUGGUCAGAAGCUGAUGUCCUUCCAAGAAUUAUCUUCAAGAGAAAGAGGGAGCAAAGAUUCUUUGAUCACAGUGGAUAAAAUAAAGGUUAACAUUUGCGUAUUCGUGUUUGAUAUCAUGUUUGCCAAUGGAGAGCAACUCUUAGAUGUUCCUCUGCGCCAAAGAAGGAAACGUUUGAAGGAUUUGUUUCACGAUGAGAAGUUGGGACAUUUUGAAUAUGCAAAAGAAAUCACUGUGGAAGCAGAUGAUACUUGUUUGACCAGUGAAGCCACAUUUAAUCGGAUAAACUCCUUCCUUGAAGAUGCAUUGCAGUUUUCAUGCGAAGGAAUUAUGGUUAAAUCCUUGGAUACUGAUGCUGGAUAUCUUCCGUCAAAGCGAAGUGAUUCAUGGUUAAAGGUAAAGCGGGACUAUGUGGAAGGGUUAAGCGACUCCCUUGAUUUAGUCCCGAUUGGUGCUUGGCAUGGUAAUGGAAGAAAAGCAGGAUGGUAUAGUCCGUUCCUCAUGGCAUGUUACAACCCAGACACUGAAGAUUUUCAAAGCGUAUGCCGUGUUAUGUCUGGAUUCUCCGAUUCAUUUUACAAAGAGAUGAAAGAGUUCUUUUCCGGAGAUAGGAUCUUAGCCAAAAAGCCUGCUUACUAUCAAACAGCUGAGGUGCCUGAUAUGUGGUUCACUCCAGAACUUGUUUGGGAAAUAAGAGGUGCAGACUUCACUGUAUCACCAGUUCAUCAGGCUGCGAUAGGGUUAGUCCAUCCCUCCCGUGGCAUCUCAAUGAGAUUUCCGAGGUUCAUCCGCUCGGUGACAGACAGAAAUCCUGAGGAAUGUAGCACGGCAACAGACAUAGCUGAAAUGUUUCAUUCGCAGACUCGAAAGAUGGAUGUGACAGUGUAACAAUGACCACUUUUUUCAGGUUUGUGUACAUAUGUUUUCCGUCCAGGUUCUGGUAUUGGCUUGGCUGGUGUUUAACCAUU